CCGGGCAGCUUCUUCCAGGAACGCAGGAGAUGAAACGCGAUCUCCUUGUUGUUUAUCUGGCCGUUACUAAGAUGUGAUAACUGCGCUUGCAAGAUAAUUACCACCACAUACGCAUUUUCUUAGGGAGAUUGAAGACGAUGUCCCUAUGAUGUGUCAAAAAAUGGAAAGCCGUCCCCUCCCACUCUGCUUGUAGAUAGCACCAUGCUGGAUAAAACCAGUGAUCAAAGCCAAGAGACUGGGCUCUGCUCAGAAUGCGGAUGCACUUUCAGACUAUCACAACCCGACUCUGACUCAACCAGCUCUUUAGCCUCUCUUAAACAGCAGCAUGUGCACAAGGUAGACCGUCCUUCCAAAUGUCCAUCCUGCCAGGUGGGCACCAGCCUCCCUAAUGGUCGACGUCCACACCGGCGCAUGCGUCUGGACCCACACAGCUGUAGCCUGUGCUCCAAAACCUUCAUUUCCUCCGCCCACCUGACCCUUCACCUGGCCUCUCACAACAAGGAGAGGAAGUUCAGAUGUAGCACCUGUGGCAAGUACUUCCAUCAGUCCUCCCACCUGAUGGCACACAAGAUAAUCCACAGCGGGGACAGGCCGUUUAAAUGCCCAGAGUGUGGCAAGACCUUCGGCCGUGCCUCACAUCUGAAGACCCACCGCCGGCUCCACACAGGCGAGAAGCCCUUCAAGUGCACCUACUGUGACAAGUCGUUCACACAGAAGGCCGGGCUUCUGGCACAUGUUCGAAUACACACAGGGGAGCGGCCGUACAAGUGUGAGCAAUGCGGCGAGGGGUUUCGCUCCCUGUCGCUCCUGCUCUCUCACAAGGCUGAAAAGUCAUCUGGGCAGGCCAAACCAGAGCCCACACCACUAGUCAAACCGCCCCAGAAGACACCAGGUAGCCCAGAGGAUCUGAAGUGUGGGGUCUGCUGCCGCACCUUUGUACGAUCAUCAUACAUCAGGCUGCACAUUCGCCUCAACAAAGGACAGCGGCCUUAUCACUGCAAAGUGUGCAACAAGACCUUUGUCAAACUGGAUACGUUUGUGAAGCACUGUGAUAAACAUUUGAUGCAGAAAAGGGAUAAAAACAAUGAGGGUAAAGACAAAGUUGUUAAGCCUCCCCUGUUCGUCCCACUUUCCAGGGCUUCUUCUUCUGAAUCCUUACCCACUCAGUCUUUUUCCUCUGAGGUCAACACACGCUCCAGAGCAAAAGCAAAGAUAAAAACGGAGCAGUGACCAAGAGCGGUGCCCCCACUGACACAAAAAUGUUUCAUAAAACAACAAACGCGGGAAAGUGUGUGUCAUGUCAAUGUCGUUUUCCAAAAAAAAAAUCUCACCUGUAACCAAUGAAAACAAAUGAAAAGUUUACAAAAUGUCGGCGAAAGGGACAAAGCAACGUUGUAGUGAAAUAACUCCCAAAACGGGGUUAUUGUGUGAUUUAUUAACAACAUGAGUUUACUGAUUGUACAGUUAUUUUAUUUUGAAUAAUGCUAUUGUGAAAGUACUACAAUGUUUUUUUAUGCAAAUGUUAGCUCAUAGGGCUGUAACAUUUCAGUGGCCUACAUUGUUCACUCUAAUCUUUGAACAGAAAAUUACGAAAUAACCAUUAUAAUUCAUGGUUUAUAUGUUGACGCCAUACAAGCCUACUGGCAUUUAUAGCACUCACAAUAUGCACUUAAGUGUAAAAAUAAACUGAAAAGCACAAUGUGGAGAACUGAACCAUUUAUUUUGUUGCACCUAGAGGCUACAGACAUCUGUCAAAAACAAUUUGUUGUUUCAGUUACCAACCAUUGUCAACACAACCGUCUUCUAUAAAGCCCCUUUUUCUGUAAUUCUCCACAGUUCAUUGUUAGCGUGAAAUUUCUCUGUUAAUCUGCUCUUAAAACAUGGUUUAUAUUGUGCUGUUAUCACCUGGCAGCCUGUGCUUACCUGGCUUGACACUGUAGGACUACGUAUCCUGCCAGAUGAGCCUCUUUUGACUUAACAUUCACUACAACGCGUCAGUCAAACUUUCCAUUCUAUUCCAGGUCAGAAGCAGCUCACAGCCGAUACCUCGCUGACCAUAAAGCUCAACAGAAGAUUUAUUAUUGUUGUUUUUCUACAUAUCUCCCCUGCUGACGGAGAUUCUGUCACCUCCACAUGGGGAAAGUCUUUGUCCCAACCUAUAGACAGAGAGGGGAAAAAAGUGUAAGAAAGCCAUUUACAAGUUAAAGGUUAGGGCUCUUGGGAGGUUAAUGUUUAUCACAUUGCAUGAGAUUCACAAAUGUAACAAUGCUAUAACUGACAAUAAAAAAGCCUACCACCA